AUGUACAUGGAUAACGGUGCUGUGACUGCGAAUGAUUAUGGUAACUUGAAGUUUGCCUUUGAUCAUUUGAAUAGUAUAUUUGCACCAUAUAAAUUUGAACUACAACAGUUUGUUACUAACAACCAGAGCAUACAAGAUGAAAUUAAUGACCUUUUGCCUGAAAAUGUUCCAGAUACAGUUAAAUUGUUUGGGUUGAGAUGGAACAGACAAGCUGAUAGCCUUUUGACACAAAAGCUAAAUCUUGAAAUUUCAGCUGAUACUAAGAGACUUGUUCUCAAAUCUAUUGCUUCAAAUUUCGACCCCUAUAAUAUUAAUGGUCCCAUUUUGAAUAGGGCUCGUAUUUUCAUGCAUGAAUUGCAAACAGAUAAGCAACUUGGUUGGGACACUAAGCUUCCCGAGAAUAAAGUCCGUGAGUGGCGUAAUAUUGUAAAGCAGCUGAAUUCAACUCCUGAAUUAUCUAUUCCUAGAGUAAUUGGAGAUAGGAAUGGAUGUUAUAGAUUGAUUGCUUAUACUGACAGUAGUAAACUAAUGUAUGGAGUAGUAGUCUUUAUUCAGGAUACUGAGACCAAGCAGGCAAGUUUUGUAUUGGCUAAACACAGAAUUGUUAAUAGGCAGUUGGAAGGUAAAAGUAUUCCAUCAUUAGAAUUUCAGGCCAUUUUUCUUGGAACAGAAACAUUGAUUGAAUUGAAGAGAGAGUUGUCUGGUCCUUUGUGUGUGAAGCCUGUCAAUAUUUGUGAAUUGGUAUUAUGCACAGAUAGUUUAGUUUCUUUGAGUUGGAUUAAUGGUUAUGUGAAUAAGUUGGAAAAAAUGAACAAAAGCAGCACUUUCAUAUUAAAUCGUUUAAAUCAGAUAAGUAAACUCUGUGAAGAAAACCCUGUGAAAUACAAAUUUGUUAGUGGAGUUAUGAAUCCUGCUGACUGCAUCACAAGAUGUGUUUCUUAUAAGCAACUGUUGAAAACUACUUACUUUACUGGGCCCCCGAAUCUUGCUGAUGAAUGUUUGGCAGCUGAAGUUAAUAAACCUGAAAUCAUGGAGGUCAUUGUUCCUAACCCUCUAGCAAAGGCUGACCCAAUCAAUGUUAUGAUUGGUAUUGCUCCCUCUGAUUGCAAGGCAGAAACUGGGAAUCGAGGAGAGCAUUUGAUACCUUUGGAUAGAUUUUCUGACUUUAAACGCCUUGUUAGAGUAAACUUGUGUGUUUUGAAGUUUAUUCAUAACAUUAAACUUAAAUUGAAGGUUAAAUAUCCUGAUAGGUUUGGGAAUUUUAACUGCCCUGAAGUAAAUUUGUAUCUUGAAGCCUACAGGAAUGUUAUUAGGGUGGAACAAGGUCUUGGAUUUCCUGAAGUUUUUGCUUAUUUUGAAAGUGGUGAUAAACGGUUUAUGGCUGUUCCAAAUAUUGUGGCUCAACUGAAUAUCUAUAUGGAUAAAUUUGAUAUUUUACGAGUUAGAUGUAAAGUCCCAAAAUGGAAACAGGAUAAUUACUUGCAUUUUCCUAUUCUCUUGCACAAAGAUAGUAAAUUAACUAAUUUGAUUGUUUUGGAUAUGCAUCAGAAGUUUGGUCAUUUGGGACUGUAUGCAUUGUUAUCAGAAAUAAGAAAAAAAUUCUGGAUUCCUCAUUAUUUCUCGGUAGUUAAGAAUAUCCUCAAGGGUUGCAUUCAAUGUAAAAGAUUUAAUGGACGAACAGUUAAACUGAAUCAGAGUAGUUAUCGUGAUUUUAGAAUUAAUCAUCCUAAAAUUCCAUUUAGUUAUAUUUUUGUUGAUCAUUUGGGACCAUACUAUGAUAAAGUAAAUGGUAAGAAAAGUAAAGUAUGGCUUUUGUGUUUGACUUGCUUAUGGACGAGAGCAAUUAAUUUGAAACUUUUAGAUCUCUCAACCAAGGAAUAUUUACGCUCUCUUCAGAUGCAUUGCUUUGAAUAUGAUAUGCCACAGUUAGUUUUGUCUGAUUUGGGUUCACAGAUAGUUGCUGGCGCAAAUUUAAUCACAAAUUUUUUUAACGAUUCUGAAGUUCAAAGCUAUUUCCAUCAAAACAAUGUUAAGCCAAUAAAGUUUGAACAGUACUUCAAAGGAUGCAACAAAUUGGGAGGGUUGGUAGAAACUUGUGUUAAACUCACAAAAAAGUUGCUCUACAGUUCUAUACAGAAGCAUGUCUUGGAUUUAAGAGAUUUUGAGUUUUUUGUUGGCCAGACUGUACAUUUGCUUAACAAGCGUCCCAUUGCUUUCAAGGAAGGCCUUAGAGAUACCAUGGGUAAUGAGAUUCCUGAUCCUAUAACACCAGAAAUUUUGAUACACGGACGAAGUUUGCCUUCUGUUAGUAUUAUUCCUGAGUUACAUGAUGAUGAUGAUGAUCCUGCUUGGCUUGCCAAAGGAAAUAAUGUGGGUAAUAUUGUAGAUGGUUAUCGGGAACUUGGGAAAGUUAAACAGAAGUUAAUUGAUCUGUAUCACUCUGAAUUUGUUAAAGAUUUGAUUUAUCAGGCUACUAAUGAUAAGGAUAGGUAUAGACCCGUCACACAUAAUAAGCUUAAAGUUGGAGAUGUGGUGCUCUUAAAAGAGUCUAAUAUGAAACCGGUCAGUUAUCCAAUGGGUGUAGUGAGGGAUGUUGUUGUUAAUGAUAUAAAUGAAGUUACAGGUGCAGUAGUGUUGAAGGGAGCUACUAGAGAACUUGUAAAACGUCAUGUUACGUCUCUCAUUCCAAUUUUGAGUUGCUGCGAAACUGAUGAUCUGGGUAAUAUUGAUAUAUGUGAUAGGAACCCAUUAGUUGUAAAUAAGGUUAAAAGAAAAGCCGCAGUUGAUAGUAUGGCUAAAACUAAGGCUAUCCUUUCAGACAUGAAUAAUUGA